UAAUGAUGACAUGUCCAUCAAAAAUUAAACUAAUGAUAUGAAAUUCAUUGCAAGGGACUUCUGGCUUUCCACAUUAUAGCAAUAAGUAGGAAGUUACAUUUACAAGUUUGUGUCUAUAUAUCUUCCUCAUUUUAAUUAAUUGUGCAACCACUUGCAAGUCUAUGAAUUUUCCUAUAAAUAAAUAGCCUUUCUAUUGCUUCUAACGUACACUCCCAUUCAAUAUGGCUUCUUCUUCCACCAAAGUGUCCAUGAAACUUCUCAUUGACACAAAGAAUGAGAAAGUUCUCUUUGCUGAAGCUUCAAAAGCUGUAGUAGACUUUCUGCUAAACUUGCUAUGCUUGCCAAUAGGUACUGUAGUGAAGCUGCUAAGCUCAAAUGGCAUGGUUGGUAGCUUAGGAAAUCUGUAUCAGAGUGUUGAAAAUCUCAACCAGAAUUACAUGCUCCCAGAUCAAACUAAGGAUGUUCUUUUAAACCCAAGAGCUCAAAGCUCUUCAACUGAAAUCUCAGGCUUCCUUACUCAGAACGAUUCCAGUGACAACGACCAAGGAUCUAAGUUAUACAUGUGCACAAAUAAGUGUAAUUUCCAGGUGGCAUAUGAUAACAAAACUCAAUGUCCUGGCAGUCCUGAGUAUAAUUAUUGCUGCCAUAUUAUGAACAAUGAAGUUAAUUAUGUUGGAAAUAAGGUUGCUGCAAAGAAAAUUACCAAUAUUAAGAGUGGAUUUGUGAAAGAUGUUGUAACCUACAUGGUGAUGGAUGAUUUGGUGAUUCAGCCCAUGUCAACUAUAUCUUGCAUCACACUGUUGAACAAGUUCAAUGUCAAAGAGAUUGGCACCUUGGAAGAAAAGGUGGUUGAGAUCGGAAUGGAAGAGGGUAUCAAGUUACUUAAGGCUUCUCUGCAGUCAAAGAUGGUCUUGACUAGUGUUUUCAUCAAGAAGACGGAAUCAGAUUUGGUGCUGUCAAAUUAGCACACAGUAACACGCUGUUUUCAAUUUAAACCGUCCGAUUUGAUUUUAAUGGCUGAGAUCAAUUUGAUUAGAAAAACCCAGUUUUUAAUCUAAGCCGCCCGAUCUGAAUUUAAUGGACGAGAUUAAAACUGCGUUAAACUGCGUGUUUUUUGGACUGUAGCAAAUCCGGGUCCAUGAUGGGUUUUUGGUUUUAUGGCGCGGUGUAAUGACGCCGGAAUAUUCUUGUCGUGGAAGGAACAACCGGUGGUUUGGGCUAGUGCAUGGAGGCCUUGAUUCGCACGUGUUUAUGGUUCUUUUAGCACGUGUGUAAGUGAAGGUUGGGAAUUUGGUUUUUUUUUUUUUUUUGACAUUUAGUAAUGGGGUUUAUUUUUUGAGUUUGGUAAGUAAGACCAAAAUACUUUGCAUGUAUUGAUUAAUGAAAAACAAAUCAUGAAUUAAUUUACUCUUUUUUUAAAAAAUUAUUUAUUAAUAGUAUUUCAUUUCUUUA